AGAAGGUGGGGCGCUGGCGGAGCCGAGUCACUAAGCUUUAGCGGGCCGGGGCCACAGGCAAGGCUGAUGGGCUAGGGGAAAGGCUGCGUGUGAGACGGGGUGACGGCGGGGACCAGCCCGGGCAGGGACCGGGACUGGGGAUCCCUGAGCAGCCGGCUGGCCCGGCUGGAGGGAGUAGCUUAAGGUUGCAUUUCCAUCUCAAGAAAUCAGAGCGGGGAAGGCCACCCUGCGGGGAAGAGGAUAAGUGGAAGUGUCCGGAAGCGAGAAACUAGCUGCAGGCGUUAGUCUGGGGAAACGGAAGAGUCAGAAAAAAGGGAAGUUUGUGGAAGUAACUGACAGGGCUGAGCGACCCGGAAAGAAGGCUGGUGGAAGUGAAACAAGAGUGAAGAGAGGCGCGAGAGAAGAAGGUCUGUGUAAGUGGAUCGAGGGAAAGUGGAGGAAGAGUGCCAGAGGUGGCUGGAAGGCAGCGGAGCAGAGCGAGCCUGAGGGCGUUUGGCAAGUGGAAGAGUUGGUUGGUGGCAAAGAAAGUCAGGACCCGGAGUCGGCCUCGGAGAGUAGGCGACGUGUUCGGGAUGUGGGAUCAGAGACUGGUCAGAUUGGCCCUGCUGCAGCAGCUUCGAGCUGUCUAUGGCAUUAAGGUCAAGGGUGGCCGCGGUCAGUGCGAUCGCAGGAGACAUGAAACUGCAGCUACGGAAAUAAAGGGUAAGGUAUUUGGAGUACCCUUUAAUUCCUUGCCUCAUUCAGUCGUUCCAGAAUUUGGACACAUUCCAAGCUUUCUUGUUGAUGCGUGCGCAUCUUUAAAAGAGCAUAUUCAUACAGAAGGGCUUUUUAGGAAGUCGGGGUCUGUUGUUCGUCUAAAGGCACUAAAGAGUAAACUGGAUCAAGGUGAAGCCUGCCUGUCUUCUGCACUUCCGUGUGAUGUUGCAGGCCUGCUUAAGCAGUUCUUCCGGGAAUUGCCAGAGCCUGUCCUCCCAGCUGAUCUGCAUGAAGCACUUUUCAAAGCUCAGCAGUUAGGAGCAGAGGAGAGGAAUAAAGCUACAUUGUUGCUGUCGUGUCUUAUGGCAAACCCUACAGUUGAUAUAUUAAGAUACUUCUUUAACUUUCUUAAGAGUGUUUCUCUUAGGGCAAGUGAGAAUAAAAUGGACAGCAGCAAUCUUGCAGUAAUAUUUGCACCAAAUCUUCUUCAGACAAGUGAAGGCCAUGAGAAGAUGUCUGCCAACACAGAGAAGAAGCUACGUCUGCAGGCAGCAGUAGUGCAGACUUUUAUUGACUGUGCAUCAGACAUUGGACGAGUGCCAGAUUUUAUCCUGGAAAAGAUACCAGCCAUGUUAGGUAUUGAUGGACUCUGUACUACUCCAUCCCUGGAAGGCUUUGAAGGAGACUUUGAAACUCCUGGUGAAUGUAAGAGAAAAAGAAGACAAAGUGUUGGAGAUUUUGUGAAUGGAGCCCUAAAUAAACUUAAAUCUAGCAGAACACCCUCUAUUACACCUCAACAAGAUAGGACAGCUCAGGCCUCUGCAUCACCAUUGAUUCUCACCCCGAGUGUUAAGCGUAAACUGCCAGGAGAGUCUUCUCAUGCUUUCUCGAGUAAGAAAAGGAAAUCCAUCAAGCACAACUUGAACUUUGAGCUGUUGCCAAGUCAUUUCUUCAGCAGCAAUUCUACACCAGUAUCAGUUCACUUAGAUACAAGUCCUGACGGAUCAUCUCAGACUUCUCUCUCACCAAUCGCCAUGAGUGGAAACCACUUGGUCAGUACAGAAUUAAGGCGAAGUAAAAGGAUUGCCAGCAAAAAAGUUUACAGGGUAGAGUCAGGAAAAGCGGGCUGCUUCUCUCCCAAAGUCAGUCGUAAAGAAAAGACCCGAAGAUCUCUCCGUCUGAAAUUUAGUCUGGGGAAGAACAGAGAUUCAGAUGGAUGUUCUGUCAUCAAUAGAUAUGAAAAUGUUGGUCGACGACUAGCGAAUCAGCAAAAUCUAAAAAGUAGGAUUGAUUCUGUAAAGACAGGCCUGCUUUUUAGCCCAGAUAUUGAUGAAAGAUUGCUAAAGAAAGGCUCAGAAAAGAUCAGCAAAUCUGAGGAACACUUGUUAACUCCAGAUCAACUAGAUGGAACAGGUUACCGGAUGUCUUGGACAGAACCCAGUAAUUCAAGUUUUCAAGACAUGAGUGCAAAUGGAACUUCUCCAAUAAUGCAAAAUCUUGAGGUGAAGAGCUUUUCUUUGGAGCCCGACAUUACUGUUGAAAAAUCACCAGUUGUGUCCUGUGAGCUCAGGCCUUCCACCUUCCAUAGCCAGCCUGACAGCAGUGUGCUGUCUCUUAGUGGGGAUGAAGGGAACCUGGCCUCCGAGACCUUGCAGAAGAUUCAGAAAGCAUUUUCCGAAUCUGGGAGUGAUCUUCAUAUGGUGAUAAAUCAUGAGCAGUCAUCAGUAACAAAUACGGGGGAAGAAGUGGAAUUCAGAGAUGUGACUGUGACUGAGUCAAAGGGACAUGAUGGGAGCUGUGCUGGGGAGGAGGAGAACUGUCCUUCAGAACGGAAUUUCUCACCGGAUCAAAGCCCAGAGUUUGCCAGAGAAGCUGAUGAGGAAUGUUACUCAACUCAGAUGAAGGUGGAAUGUGAAGGCCUGCACUCAGAAACACCCAAAGCUGACCCCCUCAUCCUGCAAGCAUUCCCCGGUGAGGAGCCAGCUGAGGAACCACAGUCCCCAAGGAACCAGCUAAGCACUCCAUCACGGGGGAAUGAGAAUGGGGGGGAGAGCGCUGGGGCAAGUGGAGCUCCCGGAGAAGAUGAGAGCACGUGCAGUGUGGCGGUCCUUUCGAAACCUCGGCCCCAGAGACUUUCGAGGCAACAGUCACUGGUGGAAAAAUGUGAUAGUGUAGCUCCUGGGGCUCUACAAGUGACAGAGCACGGGAAGGUUUCUGAUCACAUACAGUGGUUUAAUAAACUUUCUCUAAAUGAACCGAACAGAGGAAAAGUGAAGUCACCUCUUAAAUUUCAGCGUACUCCUGUCCGUCAGUCCGUCAGAAGAAUUAAUUCUUUGUUGGAGUAUGGCAGGCAGCCUGUGAGGCAGAAGUUGGCAAUCUUUGGUGACGCAGCUUCUCCUCUCGUUAAAUCAGUGAGCUGUGACAGUGCCCUUCCCUCUUGUGUACAAAACACAUCAAAAGGUCCCACUGCUCCACUUAUCACGUCAGGCCUCGAAGCACAGAAGUCUACGUCUUGUAAUAAAUCAAGUGUUGAGUUAACUUCUAAAUCUUUCACAAAAAUGAAGAGACAUCCGGAUCCUUUGAGUGCUUCUCUUGGGACUCCCAGACUUUGUAAGCAGGAGAACAAAUCUAAUGGCCACAUUAAGUUUCCUUUGGAUGAUCUCACGAAUCAUGAGAGAUUAAAAUUUGUUGUAAAUAACAAUGUGGCCUUUUCUCCAGGGAUGAAAAACAGAGUUGUUAGGAAACCAUCAGAAAAAGAAAGGGUCUGGUACAAAGGGUCUCCUAAAAAUCCUAUUGGGAAGACUCAACUGCUACCAACGAGUAAGCCUGUCGACUUGUAACCGUCAAAUGUGGCGUGCUCGUCAUCAGUGUAAAUAAAAUUGCUGGGUCAGGUUGCAGAAUGCUCAAGUGCUGGUGUGUAGAUAUGUCGGGCGGGCAGUUGCAGGAUGCUUGUGUGCUGGUGUGUAGAUACAGCGGGCGGGCAGUUGCAGGAUGCUUGUGUGCUGGUGUGUAGAUAUGUCGGGCGGGCAGUUGCAGGAUGCUUGUGUGCUGGUGUGUAGAUAUGGCGGGCGGGCAGUUGCAGGAUGCUUGUGUGCUGGUGUGUAGAUAUGGCGGGCGGGCAGUUGCAGGAUGCUUGUGUGCUGGUGUGUAGAUACAGCGGGCGGGCAGUUGCAGGAUGCUUGUGUGCUGGUGUGUAGAUAUGGCGGGCGGGCAGUUGCAGGAUGCUUGUGUGCUGGUGUGUAGAUAUGUCGGGCGGGCAGUUGCAGGAUGCUUGUGUGCUGGUGUGUAGAUAUGGCGGGCGGGCAGUUGCAGGAUGCUUGUGUGCUGGUGUGUAGAUACAGCGGGCGGGCAGUUGCAGGAUGCUUGUGUGCUGGUGUGUAGAUAUGGCGGGCGGGCAGUUGCAGGAUGCUUGUGUGCUGGUGUGUAGAUAUGUCGGGCGGGCAGUUGCAGGAUGCUUGUGUGCUGGUGUGUAGAUACAGCGGGCGGGCGGGCAGUUGCAGGAUGCUUGUGUGCUGGUGUGUAGAUCGGGGUGCUUGUUAAGUAGGGUCUGUCUGAAGUGGUCCCACUGUAGAGCAGUUUGGACUUUCAUACUUGCACAUGGGGCUACUUUGUUUUUCUUUAUUACUGAAGCAUUUACACAUAACUUUAUUGUGAUUUCCUGAAGCAGGGGUUAUAAUAACUUUAGAAGAUACUGUUGGCUAGGUUUAUUUAUAUAAAAGGGACAUGAGUUUUAUUCUGCAUGCUUGAUCAGAAGAAUACAGGAAGUUGUGCUUGUGCCUCUUGUUAUUCCUUCACAUCAGGAACAUUGUUCACAGAAACUUCUAGUACAUAAAGGGAAUGAUGAAGCCCUGCAAACCUUAUGUCUUGAAUUAUUCAUGUUUGUUGCCUUGACCCAAAACCAAGAAGUUAAUUGGCCUCAGUGGUAUGUGAACACUUUUGUUGGAGACAGAGGGAUUUAUUUGGUCAGCAUCGCCUGUGGUUUCACUUGAAUUUUGAAUUAAAGACAGUGAAUAAAGCAUAAUGACAACAAAGGUACUGCAUACUUUAUAAUGUUGAGGUAAAUGAUUAAUCGUAAGCCAUACUUCAUUUUUAAAGGUGAUUUGGAUCAUAUUUUGUCCAGUAUGACAAUGAAAUUUUUAGGCAGGUAUAGUUAAACUGGAAAAUUUUAAUCAAGUUGUUUUUUUCCUAUGAAGAUGGUUGAUUUUAGAAUUGAAUUGUUAAUGUACCUCUGUACAUUUUACUUAGAUAAAUAUCAGAUAGUGUUAUCAUGUGUUUAAAUGUUAUUUAUUUAGCAUAGACAUUAAAAAUAGCUCCUGGGAAA